AUGCACGUUACAGGCCGACCGACGGCGGCGGCUUCGGUGGUGUGGAGGUGGCCACAUACCACAUUCCUCUACGUAAACACGCUACUCAUGCUGCUGCUGCUCCUGCAGCACGCCCAUUCGGUCCGGGGACUGCGCAAAGGCAAGCUGGUGCUACCGAGCUCCUACACGGCGUACGGGGACGAUCUGGACGUUCAGCUGCACACGGAACAGACGGCAGAGAGCCUCGCUGGGGAGCCGCGGUUGAAGCUGCAGAUAUCGCGGUUCCAACCGGCGGCGGCACCCGGUGGUACCGUGGACGCGGUGUCGUCGCGAACCACCUUCGACAUCCGGCUGGACGUGAAUCACAACGUGACGCAGAUAAAAGUGCCGUGCCACCACUUCCUGCACGGAGGCACCUACGAGUUGGCGGUGCUGGACGAGGGGACGGAGGGGACGUUGAUCGAUGAGCGGUUGCGACAGCCGCUGAACGUCAGCUGGCCCCCGGCACGGCUGUCCAUCGUGCCGAACCGAACCGAGACCUACCCGGAGGCGGUGAAGAUACGGGGAACGCUCGAGUUCGCCGACGCGCACUGUCAGCUGCCCGCCGCCGCCAACCCAACGCUGGACCUGCCCGAGCUCUGGCUGGAGUUGCUGUACUGCGGAAAGUCCGAGGGCUCAUGCAGCGAUGGGUCCGGGUCCGGGUCGCGGGCACAGAUACUCUACACCGAGCAGGUCCGAGGACUGCCGCGCCACCGGGAGAUCCACUUCCGGUGUGAUCUGUUCGGAUUGGCCGGGUUCUACGGGUUGCAGCUAAAGUCACGCGCCGCGUUCGUCGAUCCGUCGUUGGGCGCUCUUCUGCAGCGCACCACCAGGGCGCUCCUGCAGGCCGAUUGGAGCAAGCAGUACGUUUUCACGGUGCACACCCGCAGUAUCUUCCCGUGUGAUCCGCACGGACCAGGGAUUCGCGUGCUAUUCCAGUACCCGGCCUGCAUCCUGCACCAGGCGGACCGGGUCCGCGUGUACGCCAAACUGCGGGCCGAUGUCCUGUCGCUCGUGCCGCCGACAUCACUCCACUACAUCGCCGAGCAGCGCGUCUCCAAGGGCCAGCACUCGCUGUACUUCGAGUGCGACCUGUUCUACGAGAAGUUCGUCGAGUACUGCUUCGUCUACGUCAGCCAGGCCAUAUCCGGUGCCGUGGCGGACAUUCGGAUGGACUGUGUGCCCACGCUUCCGGUCACAGCUUCCGACUCGGGCGGAUGGGGUCCCUGGAGCAACUGGACGCACUGCUCAACAACCUGUCGGGGUGGCAUCAGGAAUCGCUAUCGAUUUUGUGACUCACCACCACCCCGCUACGGUGCCAAGUUCUGUGAGGGUCCAUCGGUGCAAACGGAGCGGUGCGGUCUGGAGAGCUCGGCCGACUCCUGGGAGUGUAUGUUUAGUCCGGCAAUCGGUAACAUCAAUCUGCCGCUGGAGAUCGAGGACGUAAACACGGAGAUUGGGCCCGGGUGCCGGUGCGGAUGCGUCAUCCACCUGGGGAUGGUCAAACCGAAGCGGCUGCUCGGGUCUUCCUCGCACAGCUGCCCCGAUCGGAGCCUGUGGCUCAUCAAAGGCGACGACGGGUGCCGGAUACGGUUCACGGUCGAUUUUCACAAGUUCUCGUGCGACGGCCAGUGGCUCAAGAUACGGGACGGUGAUUCCGUGGCGGACGAGCUGAUUCUACAGUACGGUGCCGGUGACCAGCCGGAACGCGAGGGCGGUGGGGCGAGCGGCGUAGCGGAAGCGUCCGCCAACAUGCUGCUGGUGGAGUUCUUCUCCCGCAAAAGCGACGACUACGAAGACGCGUGUAACGCCGGCUUUCUGGGUCAGGCGGAGCAGAUCAAAGUUACGCAGCCGUUGUUGGUCACCAGCAGCAACAGCACCACGAUCGCGAGCAAAGUGAUCAUGCCCAUCGUGCACAGUCUGCAGGGCUACGCACGGUUCACGGUGGCCCACGUCUGUGCGAUCGUUUUCAUCUGUUUCAUUGUGAUCGUCAGCUUUCUGCUCGUGCUGCAGUACAUCUUUCGCUACCGAAAGUACGAACUGGCCACGCACCGGAUGGAAGCGAUGGAUUCGCCGGCCCACACACUGUUCGGUUCGAGCCAAUCGGUCGGAGGAGCGUCCGCACCGAUCCAACCGCGCUCGAGGGCCGUAUCGACGACCACCCUGAUCUCGGAGAUUGUUUCGUACGUCAAGCUGCGCCCUCGGACCAUUACGACCGUCAAGCAUGAACGGUUCCGCGAGAGUGUCGAGUACGCGCUGGAGUCUUCGGUACACAGUGGCCACUCGGUGGAUGCGAUUGCUUCCGACGGCAGCAACGAGGUGAUCAUGGAGCUGCAGAUACGGAAAGCCGGCUCUCUGAAGCACGCCGAGGCGGAGGACGGCAGCGUCAGCCCACCGGCUCUGAACGAUCUCGAUCAUCCCUCCGCGGCCUCAGAAGAACAGCCGGGUCCGGGGUCCGUGCGGACGGACCGCACCACGACCGAGCUGACGGAUGACGAACGGUCGACGACGGAACUGAGUUCGGCCUACUCUUCGCUGAACCGCGAGAAGACGCCACUCGUCACGCGAAAGUUUGGUGACACGGCCCGCAGUGAUCAGGGGCUCGUCAAGAGUGCCACCUGCCUGAUGGCCACCAGCACCAGUACGGCUACGUUGACCAACGUGAGCCCUUCGGAUGUGGAAUGCUGUUCUCCGCCGGAUCCGGGCGUGAUCAGUCCGGCGCUGGUCCGCCGGAGUCUGUUCUAUCGCACCCGCAACGCCAAGGACAGCAAAGAGAAGCGAAACCUACAGAAACUGUUGGCCGGAUCGGACUUUUCGCUUGGCGCUCCCUCAGAGCAGGACAUGGAGCUGGACUACUACGACUACAACGUGAUCAAUGCGGGUGCCGCACCCGGUUCGUACCUCGGCAUGGAUCCGGCCUUUCUCGUGUGGAUCCCACCGCUCGACGACGCCGACGAAGAGGAGGACGGCCACGGCCACCGGCGGGACAGUGUGGACGGUGAGGACGAUGAGCUAACGGAGCUGGCGGGCGGUGGCGGUGACGAUAGUGGUGGUCGGCCAGAUGGUCGUAGCGCCAGUGUUACGCCCAGCGAGGAACUGAUACGGCAACUGGCGGAACAAAAGCGCAACGACUACAUUAUCGUGUCGAGCAGCAUCUCCAAGAGUGACAUUUGCUCGGAAAGUGAUGGCCAAUCGACAACGGCGCUGGACACCGGCCGACACCAGCCAGUGGAACGUCGGAGGCGAAGGCUACACGAUCUGAUUGUGGUACGCCGCGGUAGUGGUGCCAAUGGAGCGAAUGGAGGUAGCGAAUCCGGCGGUGAUGUUGGCGGUGGUGGGUCCGGAAGUGGUUCGUCCGCACGCAAAAGCUCAUCCGACGAGUCGACGGAAGAGCGCGAAAAGGAGACCUCCUUCACCAAGUCGUCGCCGACGCUGGACAAUAAGCAGAUCAGUGAUUUCUACGAAAUGGCAGACAUUGCGUUCGCGGACGAUGAAGCCGACGAGGACGAGGAUGAGGAGGAAGAGGGAGCGGAUCAGAAGCGUGCUACGCUGUUGCCGGGGUCGGGCACUAAGCGCACACCGAGUUCUGGGAAGCUGAUCGCCGGAAGCAAACUGGAGCCUGGUGAGGGCGACUAUUGCACGAAGGUUCGAAUCUAG